AUCAGCAGGGACAGAAGAAAAGAGAAGGGAGAUAAACAGGGUGAAAUCCAAAAAUCAAGCAGGAAGCUGGCUGGCAGUCAAGCACUGCAAAAUCAAAUAAAAAAUGGCUUCAGCAGCUAUACUUAGCAUCUAAAUAAACAGAGAAAUGGAAAACAAAAGCAGAAAAUGGAGUUUCAGUGUUCUUUAAUUGGAUUUUAAGCCUGUUGUGAACACAAGGGAUAACAAUCUCCUGGCAUUGAAUCCUGUUGCAAGCAAUCAGAGAAGCAAAUAGAACCCCACAGCCAAGAAGAGCAGGCACUCCUACGAAGAGGGCUCAGAGCAAUGCUUGAACAACGAACAGAACUUCAAGGCAGCAAGGAAGCAAAGGGAUUUUCUCUUAAAACCAAAGCUUCAACCAGCUCCCUUCUUCAAAACAUAUUUUUUGCGGCACAGAAAUGCCUAGAAGGGGUACUUUGGAUCCAGGAGUGAGCUACGCAAAAGAAUUCUAGAACUACAAAUGGACAGGAACUGUAAUUAAUAUUUUUCAUUGAAUUCACUCAAACGCUUGUCUUUUAUAAAUAUAAGGUUUUUUUUCUUACUUAUUCGAGGUGUUUGUGCAAAGCAUAGAAUAUGAUCAGUGCUGUCCCAUUUUGGGUUCUGAGAACCCUGCUUGGUCUAAGCUGGAUGUUAGGGGUCCAGGGUCAGGAGGACAACAAUCCCUGGAGACAGGUGAUUCAGUGGGAGAAUAACGGACGAGUGUUCAGCCUCCUAAACAGUGGCUCAGAAUACCUCCCAGCUGGCCAGGAACAGGACAGGAACCCCACAGUCCUAUUGGCAGACUCAGCACGCAGUUCACGGAGGACACAGGGUAAUUUGCGCAGACAAGCACCUUCCAGGGGCGCAUCUGAAACUGUCCGAGGGCAAACCAGGCAUCCUUUUGGUUUUGGGCAAGUGCCUGAGAAUUGGCGACAGGCAGCAGCUGGGGCUGAUAGCAGCAGUUCCACUCGAUUCCAUUCUUCUAGUAGUAGGUUCAGGCAAACUGGAUCUUCAUCAUCAUCAUCAUCUUCUUCUUCUUACAACAUACCAUCUUACCCUCAGUUUCCUUUUGCACAACAGCCAUCUUACCCUGUACCUUAUGACCCAAACCCUGUGAACAUUCCUGUCCCUGGUCGAGGCUAUGACUCCUCAUAUUACAGAGAAAAUGGAUACACCAAUGGUGGCACAGGUGGUUUUACAGGUGGAGGAUUACAUCCUUUUCCACCACGUCCACGCUAUGAAGAUUAUGGUGAGGAAACACGUUUCCAAUCUCAAGGAAAUUACCCAUCUCAAGGGAGGCCCUAUGUGCCCAACUCUGCCUCUCCACAACAGCCCCAGCAGUCAAUCUCUGAUGGUUUGGACCGUCGCUAUACACACAGCCUUUACAACGAAGAUACUGCAGCCCAAGAAACAGGCCAGGGUACAAGCAACUCUUCUCCUUCUCAAGAAAGAACCAAUCCAGCUGCUAACUCUCCUGUCCACAGUCCACAGUAUGAACAAUUCCCACCUUUCCGGAGUGUGAAUCCACAGCCGCCUCUCGUCCAUCCCAUUCCUCCUGUAAGAAGCCCAAAUUCUCCAAACACAGGACUGGAAAACCCUCAGAUCCCCAAUUUGAGUCUGGGGAGUGUUUACCGACCAGAGCAAAGAGGGUUACCAGAUCUGAUUCCUGACCCAAACUAUGUCCAGGCUUCCACUUACAUCCAGCGGGCCCACCUCUACUCCCUGCGCUGUGCGGCUGAGGAAAAGUGCCUUGCCAGCUCUGCCUAUGGUUCUGACGCAUCAGACUACGACAUCAGGGUUCUUCUGCGAUUCCCACAAAGGGUUAAAAACCAGGGAACGGCAGACUUCCUGCCCAACAGGCCACGCCACACUUGGGAGUGGCACAGCUGUCACCAGCACUACCACAGUAUGGGUGAGUUUAGCCAUUACGACCUAUUGGAUGCCUCAACUGGACGCAAGGUGGCAGAGGGCCACAAGGCUAGUUUCUGCCUCGAAGACACCACAUGUGACUUUGGUCACUUGAAACGCUAUGCCUGUACAUCUCACACCCAGGGUCUAAGUCCUGGUUGCUAUGAUACAUAUAAUGCUGACAUUGAUUGCCAAUGGAUUGACAUCACAGAUGUUCAACCAGGAAACUAUAUUCUCAAGCUACAGGUGAACCCCAAGUAUUCCAUACUGGAGUCAGAUUUCACAAACAACGUGGUGAGAUGCAAUAUCCAUUACACUGGACGUUUUGUCUCAACAACAAACUGCAAAAUUUCCCAGUCCUGAUCAUUCAUCUAGUUCUGUUAAAGAGGGAUGAGUUUCCAGGGAAUUGCGGUUCCACUGAAAUGUGAAAGGAAACCUCUUUUUAAAAGAAAUAUUUGGACCCAGGAGGCACAGACAGUGGUACAAAAGCAUUCAAAUACACAAGCAAGAUACGUAAUGGAUCUGAAAUCAAUUCUGUGGCUGUCUCUGCUUUCUCUAUCUUCUUAUGGAAGAAACAUAAGAGAGUGAAAGCUAAAGAUCUUGGACAUUUUUAAAACCACCAGAUUUCCUGUCUGGUAACCCUUAAUCGUAUCCAUUUUAAUAAAUAACAUCAGAUAUCUAUUGGUUAUCAAACAGGGGCCCCAGGAAUGUUAAGAGUCAUCUUAGUUUUCUAUAAAACCUUCUUAACUGUAUUUUUAUUAAAUGCAACACUGACACUGAAAAAUUAUUACAUUCAGAGGAUGUAUUUUUUUAAUUUUGUUGAUUUUGUUACUGUAUUAUGUGUUUGAUUACCUCUGUAAUGAACACGCUAGUGUCAAAACGUUUGAAAACUAUCCUCUUGGUGUCAAUGUAAAGUUUGAAUAUCUGUGGAUCUCCUUUCAGUCUACCUUUCUGAUUCUAUAUUAUACAGGGCUGCUGAUAAAUGUGCUUAUCUCUUUAUCUUUGUAUUUUCUUAGUGUCUACAAAGUUCUUAACACUAGUAACAAUCAAAGUGUUAAUUAAAAAUUCAUUUAAGAAUGUAAAUAGUAAUAAACCCACUGAUGCAUGUUUUUCAUGUAUGUUUUUCCUUUGUAUGUAUUUUUUAAAGAAGAGGUUUCAGUAAUGUAUCCUACCUGAGAUUUAUUUUAAGUAUACGUAUAUCUAUACAUUAAUAUUUUUACAGAAAUUUGGAUUUUCUCUAUAUCAAUUAUUUUGGCAAAGAACGACAGACAAUAAAUUGAGCUACUGCUAGAACAUGUAAUGUUUAUAAAUCAGUAGCUGUGGCUUAAAAUGCAGAGAAUCAUAACACUGUCUCUACCUACCUCUAUAAAAGGGAGCUAUUAUUUCAAACAAAAUGUGACAGAUUAAAUAUUUAAAUCCCAAGUCAAAUUAUAUUUUCAUGACUACCAACACAAUUCUAUACCAUACAUAAUCCAUUGAUUUCUUUAGAAUGUUGAAGCAGAGCAAUUAAAUGUUUCUAUUUUUAGAAAAAAAUUUAUGAAACAGUAUUGUACAUAAACAACUAAAGGUUUGAUUGUUUCAUAUACUGUACUAGGAUAGAAAAGCUGCCAAAUCAAUAAUGCAAGUGAGUCACAAAAUAAGUUAUCUGAGUAGAGGAAAUUAUACAAAAAUAAAGAUCAUAAUUUAAAUUCGAAAACACUUUGAACAUUGUGAUUUGCAUUUAUUUGGACAUAACCUCCCUCAUCGGUGCUCCGUUUGAAAUAAAAGAAAUACUGGAAAUGAAAGAUUUUAGUAAUAUAUACCAAAGAAUUCUGUUAAACAAAAUGAAAAUUUUAACUGUUAACUUAUUGUCGCCCAUCUCAAUCAAUACAUUAUUUUAAUUAUUUUUGGAAAAAUCUGUGGCUCCUGCUGAUGUGUUUACUCUCAUGUGGUUCACAUUCAUGUCUCAAUAAUUAGGAGGCUAUUGAAAGCAGACUGCUUUUGUUUACCAGGUUUUCUGUUUGUUCUUCAGUCAUUAUUACGAGCCUGCCUGAAAAUCCAGGAUCACUAUAGCAUCUGUGAAAUAAAGCAAGGAAUGAAUCUG